AUGGCCUGGCUGCUGGCCAACGACUGCGACUUUGCCGGCGCACGCACGCCGCUUGAUCAGAACCGUUACACGGAGGUGGGAAAUUUUUUCUACCUGGGCCUGACGCCCGCCUUUCUGCGCGAGUACGUGCCGCUGGUGCUGACGCGGCCCUCGAAGCUGGCCGGGCUCUGCCGGUUGGGCUACUUGCUGUUGCGCGGCCUCUGGCGCUCGGCGGGGCUGGUGAAGACGCACGUGCCGCUGUCGCUGCUGCCACCCGACGUGCUGGACACCAACAAAGUUAUCUAUGUGACCCGCAACCCGAAGGACGCGCUGGUGUCGUACUACCACCACUUCUCGCGCUGCCGCGUGGUCAAGUACAGCGGGUCGCUUGAGGACCUGGCCGAGGACUACAUGGCCGGCCGGCUGCCCGGGCUGCCGUUCUUCUCGCACGUGCUGGAAGCGUGGGAGCGCCGCGACCAUCCCAACAUGCUGUUCCUGUUCUACGAGGACAUGAAGCGUGACAUGCCGGGCACGCUCCGCCGCGUGGCCGCCUUCCUCGGAAAGCAGCUGACGGACGAGCAAGUGGGCCAGCUGUGCAGCCACCUGGACUUCGCCGGCAUGAAGAACAACAAGCACGCCAACUCGCUGAUGUACCAGGACGCGGGCAUCCUGGACAUGCCGUCCUUCAUCCGCGAGGGCCAGGUGGGCAGCUGGAAGCAGCAGUUGUCGGCCGACACCGACCGGCGGCUCAACGACUGGAUCAGGCGCUCGGUGGAGGGCACCGGCCUCACGUUCCAGGGUGUCCAGUGA